UGGUGUCACAGAGCCUCUGGCUUGUGUUUACCGUCUUUACCCAUUACAGACAGGAUCAUCCGCUUUGAUUUUCCUGUUGAUUUGUGAUUUUCCUACGAAAACAGAUGAAAGCUCGUUUUGUUUUAACGUGUAUAUGGCUGAGGUGAUCACUGUGAAACAGUGUCGCAGAUAAAUUUCCACUAUUGGAAUUACAUCAUUGUUCGAGUUGAUCUGGCUCGUUUGGUGUAAGGUGCUCAGGACAGCUGUCUUAACGUCCCCACUUUUUUGGAAUUGGGGUUGUAUAAAAGUCACAGAUUUUGAGGAACUCUGAUUCCAAUGUUGCCUGUUGUGGUAGUCCAUGGUGGUGCUGGCCACGUGCCCAAGGAAAACAGUGAGGUCAGCUCUGCUGGGGUACAGGAAGCAGCAAGGACCGGAUAUGCCAUUCUAAAGUCUGGAGGCAGUGCCAUGGAUGCUGUGGUAGAAGUCGUCACAGUGCUAGAAAAUAACCCACUAUAUAAUGCAGGUCGAGGAUCAGUAUUGAAUCUGAAAGGAGAAGUGGAGAUGGAUGCUCUUGUGAUGGAUGGGCAAACAUUGGCCUGUGGUGCCGUGUCUGCAGUCAGGAGACUGGCUAAUCCAGUUCAAUUGGCCAGACUGAUCAUGGACAAGACGAGUCACGUGUGUCUGAUGGCCGAAGGGGCUUCCAAGUUUGCCAGGACCAUGGGGAUCCCUGAAGUGCCUGAGGAGUCUCUGAUUACAGACUAUGCCAGGAAGCGCUGGAAGGACAACCUUCGUCCAGGUGCCGACCCUGUGCAGUGCCAGAUGGAUAAAAUGGGCACAGUUGGUGCAGUAGCUGUGGAUGUGCAGGGAAACCUCGCUUGUGCCACCUCAACAGGUGGCAUAAUAAACAAGAUGGAGGGUCGUGUGGGAGACACUCCAUGCGUCGGAGCUGGAAGCUAUGCAGAUAACCAUAUUGGGGCUGUAUCAGCUACUGGUCAUGGAGAAGCCAUCUUGAAAAUCAAUCUGUCCAGGCUUAUUCUCUUCCACAUGGAGCAAGGCAAAAGCCCUGAGGAGGCAAGUAACAUGGCCCUGGCCUACAUGAUGGAGCGAGUCAGUGGUCUGGGUGGAGUGGUGGUUGUGGACCCUAAAGGGACCUGGGCAGCUUGCUUUAAUAGCAAACAGAUGGUAUGGGCUGCAGCACAGCAGGAGCAGCUCCACUAUGGCGUGUACCGUGGAGAGAACUUCACCAAACCUAUAUAGUGGCCAGCAAGCUCACUGAAGAAGCUGGUCUCCAUGAUACACACACACACACACACACACACACACACACACACACACACAGGCUAUGUUCAAAUUGUACAUUUUCAGCCCAAAUCUAAUUUGUGUGUAUCUGAAUGGAAUCCGAACCACAUUUGUAUGUGGUUUGAAACACAUUUUGCAAAUAAAUUUAGGUCAGAUUGCUCUGA